GAAAUCAUUGCUCCAUUUCAGAUCAGUAAGUUCAGACUGCUAUUCGGCUUUUGUAUCUUAAGUUGAGCUUACAAGUUUCUGGCUAAAUCUAAAUUAUAAUUAGUGCAUCAGCAGAUUCAGUUUUGACUGCAAUUCAGUUUAAUUUUGUUACGAAAAAUUUUGUAUUAAAAUGUCUGUGUAUUUGGGCCUGGUUUACGUAAUUCUUAUUAUGAAUUUGGUUGACGUUAGUACAGGAUUAAAUAAUGAAUCAACAAUAAAUCAUUACCAUUUUCACGUAUACUUUUUCCAAAACAAUGUGGAGAAUACGAGGGAGGCAUUAGAUUUAAGAGAAGCGAUCCAACAACAAAUCAACAAUGGAGAUUUGGCAAGUUGCAGAUUGAAUGUGGUCAACACUGGACCUCGAGGCCCACAUCCGGUUGGAAGUUAUGAAACUUGUUGUAAUUCGACAUCCAUCCCUUUUGCUCUCUCAUUUUUUAUGCAAAAUCAUGGGAAUUUGUCUGUGUUGCUGCAUCCUCUCACCCGAAUGGAAGUUCUGGAUCACACCAAGCGAGCAAUGUUUUUGGGUCCAAAGCUUCCUUUGGAUACUAGCGUUUUGGCCGAAGACUUGGGGGAAAACUUAGAUAUUUGUCGCCCAUUCCUUAAUCAGGAACCUCAAGUUGACGCUCCGAGAGCCCUUUCCGUUAGGAGUGGUUUUCACAAUUGGUUUCUCCCAUUAAACUGGUCCACGAAUUCCAUUUGGUCAGGUGAACAUAUUGUGCCCGAUUCCAUGAAGUUGUCUCCAAGUGAGGCACAAACCCAUUCCAAAACAUGACAUGCUUUGAGUUGAGAAUUUGAGAAUUGUGGAUUACCGAUUAAGCUAUUACAUCUUUUUUGCAACAUUUUGUUCGUUGUAAGUACUUUUUUGUUUUAAUUUUUGGUAUCUGCACAAAAGUUAAAUAUUUAUAAACAAUAUAAUUAAAAUGCAUAGUGGUCUUAAAUAUAAUAAAUUUCAUUAAACUUCUACUCGGAUAUUUACAUGUGCAUAUUUAUCGACAUAUGUACCACAUAUAUAUCAUAUUUAUAUAUUUUCCGGUGGCUGGCGAAACAUAAGGAAUAUGGGGGACGGAGGGAUUGAAGUUCAUAAAUGAUGCUGGGAGGAGGAUGUCACUGGACCAAUGUUGACAUCAUUGCUUAUUCAAAAGAUCAGUUUGAGCAUUACACGUGGGAAUGCAGUUUCAAUCAUGGAGCUGUCACGAUUCGGGACUCCCGAAUACACAAGAAUUGGAAGAAUUAUUUUAUGUUUUGAAUGAUACGUAUGUUAAUUUAUGUGCAAAAAUCUUUCAAGGGGCCGAGUUCUGAUUUCCGACGCCUAUCCGAAUCAAGUAUAAGUUUUCCCAAUUCACUAACAUCGGGAUUUGCCUCUACUCGUCAAGCUAACUGAAUGUAUUUCAUAUUUAUCAAUCUGUUUGUGUUUAAUAAGUCAAAAGAUAUGACUUGUAGAAAUUUCAUGUUACUUAUCCAUCACGGUGCUUGAUGCCAUCCAACUUAGCGACAUGCAACUAACAAAUUAAGAAAUUAUCGGUUGAUGUGAGAGAUUUGUCCAUGGUCCUCAAACCAAGUAUGCAACCAUAAGUAUAAUUAAGCAAAAACUUGCUCCAUUAAUCCCAAGCCCACGUAUUUAAACAUGGUUCAAUUAUUCAAAUGAGUUCGACAAAAGCAUAAAUAAAUAAGCGCUUCAGUGUCAUUGUUUAUUCAUUGUUAUUUAGAAUCCCAUUGUUUUAAUGAAUAAACAGAACCAAAGUCCGUUCCUAGAACACUUUUGCUAAAAUAUAUAGUCUCUUGGUCCAUGGGUGAUAACUCGGUCACACAUCAAUUAUUUCUUCAGUUAGCAAAAGUCUACAUAAAUAUCGUGUGCUUUUAUAUAAACCAAGUUGACUCUGACAAUGGAGGCGCAAACCAUGUUCAGCCCAGAUAUUUUUUUGACCUUAUUAGUUUGAAAGAGCAAGUAUUUACAAACAACAUUUGG